GGGAAAUGCGAACAAGAACAACAGAAAACCAGAAACUUGGUGUUGACCACGAAUCGAUUAAAUAUCAUCUAUAUUAAUAUUGUAAGGGACACGCAUACAAAGGUAUUUCUUCUGAGGAAUACAAAGCCGCUGUGAAGUUAGGAUGCGAGCUUGACUUCGUAUGCAGUCCUUGUUCAAAAGAACAAACACGUAGAACAGAGGCCACCGAUAUUGAUGCCGACGACUUUGCUCCUAAUUGGGAUUUGGGAUUUAACGUAAGCGACAUCGGUCACAACGUAACCGACGAGGACUUGGACGUUUCAGGUACAUAUUUUAUGUACUGAGGGUUUGCUGUCUACGAGCCCACCCAUGAUGAACCAUGAUUCAGAGAGUCUGACCCCUCCCCUGUCACCAACAUUCCUUGACCUUGAGGAGAUUGCAAUGUCACCACCCAAGAAUGUGCUGCCCAUUGAAGAGCACCAAGACACCAUCAUGUUUUGUUGCCAAGGUGAGGUGAGACACAAGGGAGAGAGUUAUCAUAGCAACAGCUACUGGAAUUCUGGUUUCCUAGCAAGGCUCAUCCAUCAGACAACUCACACUGUGACCUCUGAUGACCCGGUGACCUUGCUUGGAUACCAGUGGUCUGCAAAGUCAGCAUUCUCUCAGCACAUGGACAGGCUAUUCCUGAUUCUUAGACAGAAGAUUGGAUACUUGCAGAUGGAAAGUUUGAAAAGCAGGCUGUCUUUCCACCAAGAGCAGGCUCUGGAUAGUGAAGAUGUCCGGCGACAGAUCUGUGAAUGUCUGGAAAAAGUCCUGCAUGAUAUACAAAGAAGCCCCCCAACAGAGGAAUAUCUGAGGCAGUUGUCCCGGAAUUUGCAGUCACUGUUGCUACAUGUGGGUAGAAUAUUGGACCUCCCUAGCCAUAUAAUACAGUCUGCCAUUUCAAUGAAGGCCAGCCUGGCUCAUCAUUGUUUACAUGCACAUCUUGAUGUGUACUGGAGAUUACUCGCAAUUCUGCAUGCUGUCACCUCGAGCAAGACAGAUGCCCUGGCCAGGGACAGGUGGUGUACCAGUGUUGACAGUGACCUUGACCUUGGGAUCUAUGAACAGAUGGUCCAGGUCAUACUUUGGGACCUGGUGUCCAUGGCAAACAGCAGAUUUGUGUGUAAUGUUCCAGCUGGUGGCAGUUACGUGGGCACAUCUAUGUUCACCUGUACAUGUGUGAGAGAACUGUGGUCUAUGAUACUGAAACUGACACAAUGGAGGGCACAUACACAUUCCAGAGAUUCGUUCUGGAUGUGCAUGCACCAUGUGAUGUCGGAUGUCCUGGAUGCAGACAGUCACCAAACACCCAUGGAUCUGGAUGACUGCAGAGUGAUGUUUAACCCAGCGGAAGGGUUCAAGGUCACUGACCCUGUAGGGCUCUCCCUCUGGAUGAUGUACAACAUCUCCCCGCUCUUCAUGGAGACUGCAAUGGAUGGGCCACUGUACCCAGGAGAUGGGAAAGCAGUGAGCUGUUACCACCAUGUCCAAACUGUACUCAAGAAAUGUCUGACCAUGCCUGGGUUGACAGAGACAGUAUUGCGCAAUCACUUGAAAGCUGUCCUGUUAAUCACUAGCCAGUGGGAGCCCAAUACACCUAUACUUAUCCUACUGUGGGACUAUUUCUACAAAACACUGAACAAUUGCGAGAGCUAUCAGACCUCAAGUGGGCGCCUGGAUGGCCUGGCCUGUGUGGACAGUACAGUGGUUGGGCUGUAUGAACGCUGCAAGCAGUGGACCCUGGGGCAUGCUGACAGUCUGGAAAAGGAUACGAGCUAUCAGUUGUUCCUGCGUCUACUGAGUGAACAUCUGGGUCGUCUGUAUGCUAGUGGCGCCACCCAGGAGUGGAAACAGGUCAAGGGGAGGAUCUACUCCAAGUUCCAUGUGCGGCGUGUGCAGGAGCUGUUGGAGGUGGGCCUGUACAACCUCACGGCUCUCUUCAUCACGCUGGGGAUGACUGCCGACCUAGAGGAUGUGGCCUCCAAGCUGGUGGAUUUCUAUGACAUGCUGGACAUAUCCAGUCUUACGUUCGCCCGUCGCUCCGUGGUAUGGAAGGGUGUACUGGCCCUUACGCUCGUGUACGUGAAUAAGGGACUGGACGUCACAUUCCUAGCUGAGAAGAUGGCAGUGUCAUUUGAGGCUGCAGUCAGUCAGUUUGUGGAGGCCAGCUUUGACACACGCCACCAUCUGUGGAGACUCAUUCUGCUGUACAUGGAGGGGAUGCAGGAGGUCAUCGACUCCAGCUCCAACCUCGCCCUCUCACAGUAUAAACUCCUGUGUCCAAGCAUCAAGACCCUUCUCUCCAAAUGUUCGGACCAUGAGCUGAGGACCUGCCUCUCCAUCCUGCACUCCAUUGUACAGAAAUACAGGCAAGUGAAGGGGGACUUAAAGGACCUGGAUGUGUGUGUGGCAACCACCCUGCAGCUUGCAGAUUUCAGCAGCGCGCUGUGGAAGGUGGUGUACAGUUUUGUGUACGAGCAUGCCCAGACACUCACCCCGCCCACCACCAUCGGGGACAUGGCCGCAUCCUUCUGUCUGCUCUCCCUCGUCUCGCUUCCAGAUGCUCUGACAUCUACAGUGUCGGUGUUUCAGUAUUUCUGUGCUUCAGAUAAAGUCACAAUCAGCGUAACUUGUCGCUUUCUGAGUCAUCUGUUGGCCAACACUGCACUGAUGGAACAUGUGGAGUGUAACCUUGAAAACUGCAGUGGUUUCCUAGUGUCAGUCUGGUUCCGUUGCUGCAUACUGACUCCGCCAUGCUCAGAGCUAAAUGAGAUCACCAGGUCAGUGAUGAACCUCCCUGAAGUACAUCUGCUACUGCCCCAAGUUGGCGACCUUGAGGAAGCCCCUAUUAGGUUCCUGAAGGCCAUUGAAGAACACCAUGCAAGGCUGGAGUCCUGGAAGGACAAGAUGGCCUUUCAAAAGCAGGUCACCCAGUAUUUCUCAGAGAUCCCAAAGUGUGUGACGCCCGUUGUCAAGGCGAUGACCCCAGCCGAUGUCGUUAGCAACAUGUACAGGGUAGUGGGGUACAUAGUGAAGUACUGUGCCAAGCUGCUGUAUGUACGGCAAGAUGUGAUCAUACCGAGCCUGAUAGGCAGCCUGGUUGUGCCCCACAGUGUGAUGAACCCAGACAAGCCCCUCAGUCCCGUGUUCCUUACUGCCUUACGGGACAGUCUUCAUCUGUACAUCCAGGGCCUGAGUAACCUCUCCUAUGAUAGGGAUCCCUACGUUCAGAGACGACUGAAGGACAUUGUUACUGUCUACCUGCCCAAGUUUUCAUUGAAGUCUGCUGUCUCCUUGGCAACAGCUGUUCAUCCUGUUGUGGGUAGCCUGCGGUCCACGUUCAUACAGCAGCCGAAUGAAGAGGCUGUGAAGUUCAGACAUUUCAUUCUGCAGCUUGUCAUCUCACAGUACCUGAAUGUUCAGGCGAUGAAGAUUAACCCACAGCACAACCUGGGGUUUGCCUUCAUUCACGAUGUACUACAAAGAACAUCAUCACUGGAAGUGAAAGGAAGAGAUCUGGCGCUCCUGUUGCGGCCAUGUUUGGAGCACCUGCUACUGGUUGCCCAUAGCGACCCCAGCAUCAGCACCGUGAUUGGCUGUUUGCAGGCCACAGCGGAGGCUUACACAAGCAACAGGGAGGAACAGACUAUGACUCAAGUUCAGGAUGAAUGCGGCCAGUUUGUGACCACCUACCUCAAGUACAGCAGUUCAGGAGUGAUCCGAGUCCUGGAGAGGCUUGCUGUGCUCCUGCCAGAUGUGGUGAUCAUGGUCAUCCAGAAGAUCUCAGAAAGCCUUCUGGACAUUGAGAGGAAAAGGGGUGUUGGAGUGGAUCAGAAACUAAGGAGCCAGUAUUAUCAGAUGUUGAAACUUCUCGGGGACAGAGGAGCAGCAGAGAUUGAAAGACUCCAGUCACACACAGGUCUCUCGUAACCAUGGUGCUGUCCAAUAAUAAUGAGCCUCGUAACCAUGGUGCUGUCCAAUAAUAAUGAGCCUCGUAACCAUGGUGCUGUCCAAUAAUAAUGAGCCUCGUAACCAUGGUGCUGUCCAAUAAUAAUGAACCUCGUAACCAUGGUGCUGUCCAAAAAUAAUGAGCCUCGUAACCAUGGUGUUGUCUAAUAAUAAUGAGCCGCAUUCUGGAAAACUUGGCUUUAUGCUUUUGAAUAGUGUCUCCCAGAUUAGCCUAUGCAGUCCAAACAUUCUAAUCCGUGGAGACAUUGUCUGCUUCUAUGGAACUUUUAAAGGAAGUCUCUUUAAAAUGCUAAAACAAUCCAAGUUGCAAGUGUGAUCCCUGAUUAACCUGUGUAUACUGCAUAGGCUUAUCUGUAACAACACUUUACGCACAUGCAUUAAGCCCAGUUUUACCAGAUCUAGGCUUUUGAUAAUUCUGUGAUACUGUUGAUUGUAAAUGUCAUAAUUGGCUCAUCUGAGCUACCAUCUUCGCAUUUAGGAUUCUAAGUUUAGCAGUUUGAAAGUCUGUAGUUGUGAAUCAUGUUUUUAAUUAAGCCCUUGCAAACAAUGUUUAAUAUAUCAAACGGGAUAUAUAUUGAAUUCAUUCUGUUUUCUGGGUGGUUUGUUAUUCUCCUGAAAUGUUUGAGGAGGAACUCCAAAUUUCUUUAGCAAAUAUUCCCCAUGAUGCACAUAUUUGUGCACUAUGUGCCAUUACUAAUUCAUAUUUGUUCCAAGUAAUUUUGAAGUAACCUCAGAAAACAUGACUUUAUCAUUUAUCAUGUUCUUUUAAAGACUUACUGGUUUUCCAUAAAAAUUCAAUUAUCCACGCAUUUCAGAUUAGAAUUGUAAGAAAAAAGUAUUGAUUGAUUAUAUAUUUUGGCAGCUAAUUCAUUGCUUGCAGCAAUUUUGAGUUGUUACUUCACAUGAUACACUGCAGGUUGGGUUAACUUCAUUUUUGGAACCUCAGUAAUGUUUAUUGUCCCAUACCGGUUUCACCGGAGGGGACUUAUAGUUUGCGCUCCGUCUGUCAGUCAGUCUGUCAGUCAGAUAGUCACACUUUUCUGGAACCUGCAUAACUUUAAAAGUUCUUAAUAUUUUUUCAUGAAACUUGAAACAUGGAUAGAUGGCAAUAUGGACAUUAUGCACGUCAUUUAAUUUUGUUCCUACGUCAAAAAUUCUGGUUGCUAUUGCAACAAAUAUACUAUUAAUACUGCUGAAAAUGGUGGUUUUCUGGAUCCUGCGAUAACUUUUAAAGUUCUUACUAUUUUUUCAUGAAACUUGAAACAUGGAUAGAUGGCAAUAUGGACAUUAUGCACGUCAUUUCAUUUUGUUCCUACGUCAAAAAUUCUGGUUGCUAUGGCAACAACAACAAUUCUGACAAUGGUAGAAUUUCUGACAAUGGUGGAGCCGGUAGGGGACUAUAUUGCUUGGCAAUAGUCUUGUUAAUCUUGUUAAAAGGAAUGUUCCUUUGUUUUUGCGAUAAUUUACCACCUAAUUUUUGUUCAAGCUUCAUGUGGAACUCAUGAUGUUGCAUUAAGGCUACACAUAUAUAAAAUAAUAAAAAUACUGCAAAUA